AUGACAGAAGAUAAUAACACUGAUGAUGCCGAACAAGAAAUAUAUGGAAAAUUUGAUGUAGCAAUGGAUGUAGAUGAGUCAGAAAGUGAUGAAAAUGUACAAGAAAGAAUACCGUUUAAAGUAAUUGAAGAAUUGAACAGAGUUAAGACGUAUUUGAGCAGGAAAGACAAGAAAUACGAUGGAUAUUCCACCGAUUCUGGGUACAGAAGCGAUUCGCAGCACAGAAGUUCACUAAGAAGUUUCUAUUUUUUUUUGUUUUCAGCGUCUCAGGCGUCAGAAGGGUGGUUGAACCAGUCUGCCUACUGCCUGUUCAACCACAUCAUGCAAGCCAUGCCGACUGACGACAUAGUCAAAGAAAUUUCUCAGGUGUUAGGCAAGCUAAUAGACAGGUUACACGACGAUGAAAACUACCCUCCGUUUUUGGAAGAACUACUCGAGACUGUCGACGGCAUGCUUCGGGACAUACACACAGACGGAUGCACAGACAAAGUGAUUUUAAGUAAAGACGAAAAGGUCCAACGUAUGAUACUACUCAACAAAUCAAAACAUAUACUAAAAUAUAGCAUAGAAAAAAUAACAUCCAUACUCGAACAGUUACAUACAAAUUUAACGCAAGAAACUCUAUACGAAUGCACAAAUAUUGUGGAUUUAGAAAAUACAUGCUACAUAUUUCACAUGUUAGAAAAAUUCCUAAAAAUAUAUAAGAAAGUUAAAGAAUCUAACCAAACUCCUAAUUCACAAGAUUUACCAAGAAGGAGCUCUUUAACAGAUUUGUGGCGAAAAAAAUGGAAUCCAAAUUGUAAAGAAAUAGUAAAAAUUGAGAAUAAAAUUUGCGUUUUGAAAAAAUGCAGCGAGAUUUUGAAUAAAAUUAUCGUUGAGUGCAUGAACGGUUACAGUUUGGUAUCUUAUGCUGCUUUGCAAUGUUUUAAUUUGAUACAAGACUAACCCUUCUAGUGAUUGUG